UAUGACGUUCAACACUGGCAGAACGGGAGGGAGAAAGAGAAAGAAAGGGAAGAACUUUUUCCGACAGUUUUUUCUUCUUCUCCAAAACAGAACUUUCAUACAAAACGUGUUAACUUAGACGCUUCAGGUAGCGAAUGAAUGCAGCGAUAGAUACAAGACAAGAAGGACGAAGAAUAAACAAGCGUUUGCUGAGAUCCCUCAGAUGUCUCGGUGCAACAGAUGACAGCAUUAAAAAUUAACACAGUGUGAAGCCUGUGGCCUUUUGUCAGAACAGAGACGUCCCCUUCAGCAUGACUUCUGAACUGGACUCCAGUUUGACCAGCAUUGACUGGCUUCCUCAGCUGGGAAUCAGCACCUUGAGAUCAGGGAAAGAAAGAGUGGAGCGAAAAAAAGAACGGGGAAGAGAGAAGGACAUCCCUCCCAUACCUACACCGUCCCCUGGAACUAACUCCAAAGUGAAGCCUCCUCACAGCUACGCCACUCUCAUAGCCAUGGCUAUAAGCUCUGCUCCUGAAAUGAAGCUGAGCUUGAAUGAUAUUUAUACAUGGAUCAGCAAUACAUUUCCUUAUUACAGCAGAGCAGGAAGAGGAUGGAAGAACUCAAUUCGACACAAUUUGUCCCUUAAUAAAUGUUUCCGGAAAGUUCCUCGACCACAGAGUGAUCCUGGGAAGGGGUCAUAUUGGACUAUGGAUGUACCGCCUGACUCAGCUCAACCCAGAGGAGUCAAACGUCCUUAUCCCAAAGAGGAAGAGGAUCCAUCCUCAGUGGCCCAAGUGCCUGUCAGUCAAGCAGAGCCACUCCCACCUCAACCAGACACCAAAAGCAUGUUCUCUCCCCCUCCCUGCAAGACAUUGUUUACACAGCAACGUCCAAGCAUUCCGGUACCUACAUCUCUUCCUUCGAACCUUCAUGCUGAUGCCCCUCUCAGAUUCUCCUUUGCUGAUUUAAACCUGCCAGAUCUGUACAACUCCUUCCAGUCCCUCUGUCGCUCUGUGAGAGAUAGAGUCACCUCACAAUCGGACGUUUCCAGUUUACUUGGACUUACCCAUGACAGUACACCGCUCCACACGCCAACCCUGCCUCCUCUCUCUCCCUGCCCCUGUCCAAACCCCAACAUUAACCAGUACGCCAACCCCAACCCUACUCUCAACCCAAACUUCAAUACCAAUGGCACCUUUAACCCAAAUACACCCAAUAACAACUCUAGCUUUAUGCACAACCUAAACCCAAACCAGAACUCUAACCUCCAUCUAAACUCCAACACUGAGCCCGAGAAGCUGCCAAACAGCAAUGUUGUUCCUGCAGAUUGGUUCAGUAAUGCUGACUCUUUGCGAGAGAGUUUCAGAAUUGCUAGUAGUCUGGACUGGGCUAACAUUGAUCUGACCAGUCACCCGGAUCUGGUAGAGAGCAUGCGUCAGGCCGAGCUCUGUGACUGGGCGUUGGAUUCAACGCUGUUCACCUCGCUCUGCGAUUCACUCAACCGAUUCUUCACUCAGAAGGGUCUCAUUAGCUCAUCUUCUGGUGGGCCCUCUUUUGGACAAAUGGCCCCACCUCCUAUCAAUAUGCCGCCCACUAACUCUCCCAGCCUGGCUAGUUUAACUCAACCCUCUCCACUCAUCUACUCCUCCCAUCUCCAUCCUGGCACCGGUGAACCUCCUCUCCAAAGUCCCAGGAGAACCCUGACCCCUCACACCCAGAACCAGACAGCACAGAGCUCAGCUACAACAAGCCAGCCUCUGACUCCAAACGCACUUCAAACUCAACCACUGACACCAACAGGCCGUCUACCCUUGAAGAAAACCACCAGUGAGGAAAUCCAGGAUGAUUUCGAUUGGGAUUCACUGAUUGAAUAAUUCCAUUAGCAGAUACAUUUAAAUACAAAGUAAACAUGAACCAAUUAUUGAGAAAAGGCACGAGUAUCUGUCAAAAAGGAGGUGAGGCUAACUUGUUUCAUUUAUAUGUGGAACAAAAGCAGCAGCAUCAUAACAAGGAUUAUUCAGCUGUUUGUUUCCUUUUAGUUUAGUUCUGCUAUAUGAUUGAUACAGCACAGUGGUGCUGCUAUAGUCAACUGCAUGUCAGAUUGCUGGAGAACAAUAAUAACCAGCACCAAAUUGUGAGGACAACCAAAAUGUACAAUGCAAGUUUGUUCAUGAACUGCUCCAGACCUCGAAGGUUGGGGUGGAUCAGUCCACGCCAGGCUGCCUUUUACAUCAGCGUAUUAUAAUAUGUAAAUACCGUUAGCACUUCCAAAGCCUUCACCAGUUGACAAUGGCUCAGUUUUUGAAUGCUGAUACAGGCUUUCCUGACACUUUAGAUACUGAAAGAAAUAUUUGAGCAAAGAUUGCACUUUUUCAACAAAUUGCAUGUACACUAACAAUUUGUGGGAGAAUAACUGCCGUUUAACAAUACACUGAGGUAUAUUAUGACAAUACGUAUGGGUGUAUUUUGACUGAAAUCAAUUAUGACAUUUAUUGCUUUAUAUUAUUCAAUUUUGUCACAUAGCAAAUCCCCUUAGGGAGCUAACGCCUGUCUUCAAUUAAAAAAUAAAGAAAGAAAAGAAAACGUCUGAUGUCUAUCGUAAGGGCCUGUGCACCGCUGGUGCGAGGACCCUAUUGGAAUUGCUGUUUCUUCUUCUUCUCCAAAAUGAAUUCCAUUUUUGAGGGCCUAAACAU